AUGACGAUUCCUGAAAAGGUGGGUGAACUCUUCCUUUCGCAUGAAAAAGCAGUUGCGAAGGUCAUUAUCAUCGGCGCAGGUCCAGCUGGUUUAUCUGCAGCACUUCGGAUCAAACAGGUAACAGACAUUUCACCUGUCAUCUACGAGCUUCGUGAUGAGUCUAAAUCACUACUUGGCGGAGCGAUCGGUAUCCCUUCGAAUGGAUUGAGACUCUUAAGCCGCCUAGGGCUUUACAACGAGAUCAUAGCCGUAUCCAUCUUCACACGGAGUGUUGUACUGCAUUCCACGCGAGGAAGAGUCAUUGGCGAAAUGGACCUUGUCAGUUGGGCUGAAAAAAGGAUAGGAUUCAGCUACAUUAGGAUUAAGCGAGGUGACCUGAUGGAUGUCUUGUUGAACGCUGCUAGGAGAGCCAGCAUCUCAAUAAUCUACGGAAAACGACUUGAAAGGAUUGAAGAAGUUGACGAUCGUGUCAAGAUUUACUUUUCCGACGACACAAGCUCCGAAUGUGACUUUCUAUUAGGUUGUGAUGGAAUACAUUCUGCGGUCAGGACGAAGUUUGUCGACCCGUCUUGCAUCCCGGUUUACACUGGCAUAUCAAAUAUCGGUUCAAUCGUAUCUACAUUUAACCUACCAAGCUUCAUCAAUGAAGUGGGUACCAUAAAUGUCACAAUGACCCGAGAUGGCAGUCUUGUGUUGAUGCCGGCGAAUGCAGUUCGAGAUCCAAUCUUCUGGUUCUUCUCCCGUGAAGUAAACCUCCCUCGGGACGAGGACGCAGUUGAUGGAUGGGAAGAACGGAGAAAGACUCAAGUUGAAGAGAUGAAGUCAACGCUUGGAGAGUCGAAUAACAGGUGGAUCAGUGGGGUAAAGGAGGUGUUGCGCAAAACGAGCGUGAUCAAAUUCUUUCCAAACUAUAAGUUGCCUUCAGGAGGGAAAUGGUUCAAGGGUCGAGUUCUGCUUCUCGGCGACGCUGCACACGCAAUGCCACCUCACGCCGGCCAAGGAUAUUCAAUGGCUCUCGAGGAUGUCUUCCUUCUCGCGAAUCUACUGAAGACUUCGGGUUCGAACGUUCUCAGAAUGGUCGAAACAUUUGAAGAGAGGAGACGACGGAGGAUCAAUCAAAUUCUCAAGACCGCCGAAGCAAGAGCCAACGCGCGCAGGAAGUUCCACAGUGGCAGCAUCGUUUGCGACAGUUUGUCCAAGCUGGGUUUCGGUCAGAACCUUCUCGCAUAUGACGUGGAGGAGGAUUGUUAA